CCUCCGGAUGAGAUAGACCCAGCUGCCAGGACUAAUUUGGCCUGCAUGCGCAGUGGUCUCUGGUUACCUUGAGGUUUUUGUUUUUUUUUUUUUUUCUUCUCAAUAAUAUAAUUGUUCUAAUCUGCUAAAAUAGAAGUCUAUCUGAAAAAGCCAAGAGCACAGAACACCACUCUUCUUUUUUUCUUCGCCUAUCUCAACUAGAAUAGUUGACUUCCGUAACAUUUAUUUCCAGCAGCCGCUUUCAGCUUCCUGUGUCUGCCGUGUUUCCACCUGUGGAUGGGGCGGGAGUGGGGCUGUGGCAUCUGGAGGAGGCCAGCUUUAACAUGGGAUUUAUCCUGAAGAAAAUACUUGCAGAGGAAAAAGAAACGUCAUUUGACUCACUGAAGAAUUAAAACCAGCAGUGCCACAGAGCCGUGUGGGAGAGAAGGGGAUUUUAGACUCAAGUGACACAGUCAAGCCUUGAGAAGCAAAGAGAUUCAAAUGGUUUCUCACCAAAUGGAAGUUAUCUAGAGAGCCCCCAAGACCACUGCAUCUCUUUAUCCCACUCCUGCUGCGCUGAGACGGUGCUCUUGGCCCUGGACGUUAAUAAAAUGCUGGAUUCAAUCAAGUGUGUCCUGGUGGGAGACUCCGCGGUGGGGAAAACAUCUCUCUUGGUACGUUUCACCUCUGAGACUUUUCCAGAUGACUACAGACCCACUGUAUAUGAAAAUACUGGAGUGGAUGUCUUCAUGGAUGGUGUACAGAUUAGCCUAGGUCUUUGGGACACAUCUGGCAGCGAUGCCUUCAGAAGCAUUCGCCCCCUCUCAUACCAACAGGCAGACGUGGUAUUAAUGUGCUACUCGGUAGCGAACCACAAUUCCUUUCUGAACCUGAGGAACAAAUGGAUCGGCGAGAUCCGCAGCCAUUUGCCCCGCAUCCCCAUUUUGGUAGUGGCUACUCAGACUGACCAGCGCGACACAGGGCCCUACCGUUCCUCCUGCAUCAGCCCGAUAGAUGGGAAGCGGCUCGCCCAGGACGUGCGAGCCAAAGGCUACUUGGAGUGCUCUGCCCUCAGCAACCGAGGGGUGCAGCAGGUGUUUGAGUACGCCGUGCGGACAGCAGUCAAUCAAGCCAAAAGGCAGAACAGGAGGAAGCUCUUCUCCAUUAACGAGUGCAAGAUCUUUUGAGGACCGUCAGCAGAGGUUUUGCCCGCAUUCGUUCUGUUUUCUUACAAAGAUACCGCGGCAGAGAGGAUGGGGGGUGACUCAAAGGAGGACUCCUGGCAGGACCACAGUGCAGGUGCCCCUAGUGAGACAGAUGUGCGCUCUAUCUGAUCUGCUCCCCCCCAACACACAUGGGCACUAUCUUGAAAAAUUAAAGGUGCAGGUACAUGCCCUUAUUUACGAACCUGUCUUUGGACUUUGUUAGCCUGGACUGGAGCGGGGCUAGCCUGGAGAUCUGCAGAGAACAGCUGUGCUGAUUUUGUUGUUGCUGAUGUUCCUCAGUUGUUGGUUUGUCUACAUUUAUUUAAUGACAAACUUCUGCUUGGAUCAACCCCCACCUCUUGACAUGUCUGUCCAUGUGGAGGGUUUUGUUUUUACUUUAAGAACUUCAUGUAUAAAAUCUGACCACUGUGUAUUCUAUUUAAAAGACCCUUGCAUAUGUUAUUGUAAAAUCCUGACAGUUUGUUUUCACAUUUUGGAAGUUCUUCCUCUAGCUAACCACAGAAGCAAAUCAUCCUAUCCAUAUGAUAAAUGGCCUGCAGGCAAGCCUAGCACUUCUUAGACAUGCCCGAGUCACUGCAUAACAGUGAUCAAAUCCAGUACGUCCAGCAUAGGAGUGAUCAAAACUUAGUGCCAUUUGAUAGCCAUCCUGUGGCUUUGUGAGAUUUGUUAUCUUAGUCUUGUUCCUCAGCAAUAUGGUCAAAGACAGGACGAACCAGGAGGAAACUAACCUGAUUCUUCCUAGCCCUCACCUAGUUACAGCCCCAGAAGGGCUGGCUUGCAGUCAGGACUGGUUUAGACAUACGGUUGGGGUGACAGAGACGAGUCUGUGCUAUCAUCACCUCUGUUGUCCCUGCCGUAAUUCUGGAGGCAAAAGAUUUCAGUCUCCAGGGAUGAAAGGUAAUUUUCAUGAGCACUAAAAUUCUCAAAGUAUUUUUAGUACACUUCUUUUCUAAACAGUGUUUUUUGUGAAACCAGUCACCUACUAUAGUAGAAAAUUAAGUGCAAGGCCUUGUUGAAUGUGCAUGUUUAGAAUUGCUAAAUAACAUUUUUUUUUUUUUUUGAAUUCGCAUACUAAGUAUAACUGCCUGGGUUGUAUCAAAAAAAGACUGAAACAGGCUUUGCAUCCUGGGGAGCCUGGCAAGUCUAAGAGUCAAAUCCUGACGUACCUACUCAGGCCAAAUUACCCUCCUGUACAGAAAGCCAGGCUAAGGAGGUGGAAACUUCAGGUGUGUAAGAGAACUCUGUUGGAAGAUGGAGUGGGGUCAACACGCACUGCUGUGCGGUCCUCCUGUGUUGCGGUGUUCCUCUCCUUGUCACGUUACCUGUCCCCCCUGCCCCGCACCAUCUCAGAACUUGCAGAUCUGUCUUAUCCCAAGGUUUCUGCUGCCCAUAGAGGGAUGGGGGAUUUCUUAGUGCAGCAAGAUUUUUAUUCUUCUUUUCCCUGUCCUUUAGCUAGCUCAGAACUGAACUUUGAGGGGCGUAUAGCACGGUGCACAUAGCACAGUAGGGUGAUUCUCUGCAUGGAUACCAAGAGAAUGACCGAGCCCCAGCUCAUGUGUUCCAACAGGAAUGGAUGCAGUGUCUUGUCUGAUUCAAAUCCAAGGUGGGACUUCAGGAAUUACCCUACUAAGCAAAUAAGAUAUAGCUCAGAUCUUAUCUAUCUAUAGUUUGUUCCUGAAAAACUGGUUGGGUACUCUUCUCCAUACUCUGUUCUACCUCUGAGCUUUUCUAUAAAGAGAAAUUCCAACUUAAGUCAUUCCCCUCCUAUGAAUCCCAGAGACGAUCUCACUUGUGAUGUAGCUGAGGAAGUAUUUGCACUGUGAGCACCUUGAAUAACAGCGGUGCACGGGACGCAGGCUGGUGAGUAUUUACCGCUCAUCAACCUGAUUGUAAGGGAAGCUUCUGGUCAUAAAACCAGACUGGCCGCAUGUGAGGUUUUCAUAUCAGCUUUAAAUCUUUACAAGAUUCUGCACCUGAGCACACAAGACAAGGGCUCCCAUCACCGCCCAUCUUUUCUGUACUCUGCUCUUUCCCACUUCUCUUUCUCUUCAGGUGCUGAUUGCAAAUCCUUUGCCCCCUGAAACACUAAAACUGACAUGUUUGUAAAAAAACCUGAACGGCAGAGUUACACAAGCGGCUAGGUAUUUGCAGUCCUCGGUUAGAAACCUUUUGGCUUUUGGAAGAAAUACGUUUCUACAUCUCAACUCUUGCAAUGCCUCUUCACUGAAAGUUUUAC